AUGGAUCCUUUUCCCUUAAACUCUCCCGGGUUUGUGAACCUUCUUACUUCUCAGAGCUGUCCCCCAAUAGAUUUAGGACGUUCUGAGGUUCCAAAAGCUCCGGAAAGGCGGAAGUGGAGCACGAAAGAAGACUUGGUGCUGAUCAGUGCUUUGUUGAACACCAGCAAGGAUCCAAUCAUUAGCAAUGAGCAGAAGGUGGCCCAUUUUUGGAAGCGCAUAGAGGAGUAUGUGAACGCAAGCCCUCUGCUCGUUGGCUCCCUCCCUAGGGAGUGGAGUCAAUGUAAGCAGAGGUGGGGAAGGGUAAACGAACAAGUCUGCAAGUUUGUGGGUUGUCAUGAAGCUGCUUUGAAGCAGCAUGCGAGUGGUGAAAAUGAGAAUGAUGUCAUGAAGGUGGCCCAUGACAUCUUUUCUAAUGACUACAAUGCAAAGUUCUCCCUUGAACAUUGUUGGAGGGAGCUCCGUUUUGAUCAAAAAUGGAGAUCACACUCUUCCUCGCGUGAUGGUGCAAAGGAGAAAAGGAAGGAGCCAGGAGAGGAGGUAGCUGGCGAGGAAGAAGUCAGGCCUCCGGGUGUGAAGGCUAGCAAAACAGCCAAACGGAAGAAGCACGUCAAUGAAGCCGCCUUUGAUCAGAUUGAGAGCAUUUUAGCGGAGAAAAAGAACAUCUCCCGCCAGAAACUCCUUGAUAGGUUACUAGCAAAGAAUUCAGAUACACUUUCUGAUCAAGAAAUGGCUCUAAAAAACAAACUCAUAUCUGAAAUGCUUUAA